AUGACUGAAGGAAACCAAGGCUCCAACGUACAGUCCGACGAGGCAAUUAGCGAGCAGCUCGUUGCGGUUAAGGAGCGAUGGUACUACCCAUCGGAUAUUGAGAAAGAUAUGAAGGAUGUCGACAUUCCAUUCCGGGCCAAAGAAGCGGUUUUUGCAACGGCAUGGGAAUACACCCGCUGUGUAAUCCCUGAAUACACUAAUUGGUCGCGAUAUGUUGCCUUUAUGCGCAUCAUGAUCAUCGGCAUCAUCGCAGAAUUUCGUGGCAGUCUUAUAGACGUGAUAAAUGAUGACACACUUUUAGGUUACAGCCUUACUAAAGUGUUGAACACAUUAAGUCAAGUCACCAACCAAAUAGUAAUUAUGUUAUUUCGCAAUUACAAUAACGCCCUGUCCAAAAGCCCUUGGCAGUUCUUCCGCAUGAGGGAUACGGAAACACUUGUCCGCUUCACGAUUGGUGCCGCUCUAGCUUGCAAUGAUCUUGACCAUGUCUGGUUCACUAAUGAGCAAUUUGACAUCCUGGCCGAAAUCGGUAAUACAAUGUACGAUGGAGCAGCACACUGUAAGCAUUGCUUAGAUGGAGAGGUCAGCAGCACAUUCACACACAUUUCCAAAACUAAGCGCAUGGUGGCGUUCCACAAAUGUCGGGAGGCGCUUUGGGCUCUGGACGUAGCUUGGGCGGGAAAGCCCAAUAUGAAAUGCGUCAUCAACUUUCUUCGUUACUUCGGCGGUCCAAUACAUAUGACGAUGCGACAAUACCGCUUAAUAGAGGGCGGUCUUGCACCGGGCAAGCCUGGAAAAACGGAUUCUAAAGAGCUGGAACUACAAAGUCUGGAGCAAUAUCAUGGCAUCCUUGCGCGGGAGACUCUGUUGCUAUUUAAUGGCCUUCGGGCAAUGUUGGAAGAGGCCGACCAAUUCUUUUGUUCUGAAUGCAACUAUCGGGCGAUAUAUGGCGCGCCGCAAGAUCAUGUCUUUGGUAAAUGUUUUCUUUGUGCUGGAUGUCAGCAGGAAUGGGCGGUAUACACGGAGAUUUUGCUCGAGCGGAUGGUCAAAAGUUUUCCAGAAGCCGCAGAGAUUAUUCGCAUCAGUGAGAUGCGUGCAACAUCUUCAGCCUUGUUGUGA